UCGCGGCUGUUCUGGUAAUCUUUAGCAGUUGACAUUUAGAAGCAUGGCAAGAAACCAGAAUCCAUUUGAUGCAGACAGUAACCAUGGUGAGCAGUCCGACACGGAGACGGACUAUGUGGCCUUCUCACGCCAACUGGCCCGUUUCGGACGGAGUAAAUCGGGAUUCGCUGUGGAGUGCGAACGUGAAGACGUUGUCUAUCCUCAGCGACAGUCCGUGCCGAAUGUGCGGACUCAGCAUGGGCAUCCGGUACUGCAGCGCAAUACCAGUCAUAGUCGUAACGCAUCCCGGGAAUUCCAGUACACCGAACCGGCCAAUGCCGGCAAGCGUGGCAGUGUACUGCAGCCUUUCUACAAGGUCUCAUUAUGCUGGGACAAAAUCAACGUUUUUGAGGUCAAUCCGGAGCAUCGACGACUGUUUUUCAGAAAAUCCCUGAAUGACCUUACCAAUAGGAGACAUAUAUUGAAGGACGUAUCGGGUGUGGCCAGCGCGGGACAUUUAAUCGGCGUUCUUGGACCAAAAGGAUGCGGGAAAACAACGUUCAUAGCUGCCUUAACAGGGCAGCCAAGGCGAACCAUCGAUAUCCGCGGAAAACUCUACAUCAAUAAUCAACAAGUGGACGAGAACACCGAGCGUUAUUCGUGUUUUAUUCCCGCUAAAGAUAACUUUAUCGGCACCUUAACGGUGAAAGAGCAUUUGGUGUUUCAUACACUCCUGCGACUGGGCGAACAGUAUUCAAGCGUGGAGAAAAUGGCGCUUGUCAACGACAUUAUCAGUGAGCUGGAUUUGAAUAAGAUCGCUUCGAAAGUUAUCGGUGUACCCGGACGAUUAAAGGGCCUGACGAAUGCCGACAGGAAGCGGGUGUCGUUGGCAACAGCGGCCAUUACCAGUCCGCCGGUGCUACUGUGCGAUGAACCAACAGCCGGCAUUCAUGAUGUAUCCGUUGCGGAAGGCAUUGUCGAUCUACUCCACACCGCCGCGGAGAAAGGCAAAAUCGUCCUGUGCAGCAUAACUAAUCCGACUUCGGAGAUCAUCUCCAAAUUCCACCAGAUCAUUAUCCUAGCCGAAGGCCACGUAGUCUUCUUCGGCAAAGCCCGGGAAGCGGCCAGUUUAUUCACAUCAGCUGGUUUCCCGUGCUCACCGCUGCAGAGCCCUACCGAUACAUACCUGCGGAUGCUGUCGCGCCCCGUCAACGCUACCGAUCAAGAGCAGGCCUUUAAGGUCAAGACGCUCGUGGAGCGCUAUCAGAAUUCGGAGGAGUGGUAUGAUAUGCGAUUUAAAGUGGAAAAUAUUGCCGCCAAAGCUACCGUCACUCCGCAGGUAAAGAAGAUGGCGGGAAUAUAUACGGCGGGAAAAAUAACGCAGCUCCGGAUGCUAAUGGGGCGGGCUGUGUUGGAGUGGGUGCGGGACCCGAUAUUGUUAAGGAUGUCAACAGCGGUGGUGGUUGCGCUUGGAUUCUUGAUGGGGAUUUUCUUUAUGCAGCAGGAAAUGCACGGGCUUGGAAUUCAGAAUAUCAACGGAGCUUUAUGCUUAUUAACCCUGUUUUAUGUGAUGAUUCCGGUUUAUGGAAUUUCCAAAUGUCUAACGCAAAAUUUAGCGGUAAUACGACGAGAGAUUGUCGGUGGUGUGUACGUGGCAUGGAUGUGGUUCGUGAGCGCCUGGCUAAUUGACAUUCUCCAUAAUCUCGCAAUGUCCGGUUUAUUAUUAACAAUUUGUUACUGGCUAAUUGGAUUACAUCCGUCAGCAGUUGGUUUUUUCUUGGCUUGGUGCAUUGCUUUUCUCACAUGUCAAGUCAGCUUGGGAAUAGCGCAAUGUGCCGCGAUUGCGAGUGGACGAUUUAGUACCGCCAUGCUGAUCUGGGCGGCCUUUGUCGUAUGCAACAUUGCUAUUGGCGGCUUCUUCCUCAAUCCCAAAUCCCUUCCUUGGUGGCUAAACGUUUUUCGGUGAGAAAGGUUAUUUGGAUACGAGUAUAUACUUAAAUUUUAAUCAAAAGUGCUUACAACACACCAAAGUUUUGGCAGAGUUGAGGAAUCCAUGUUCUUUCGGAAAGUUUUCGAAAAAGGUUUUGUCAGAAAAUUAUAUGAGGUGUAUCACAAUAAUCUUCUUGCAGUAUGCAUCGUUUUUCCAUUACGCAUUGAAAGCGUCAUUAGUGAAUCAGUGGCACGGCGUGGAUCUGCCAUCGUGCAUGAACUGCACAUUGCAAGCGGAUAUCUUCCGAACGGGUGACGAUAUUAUCAACCAUCUGGGAUUUACCGGCGAUAGUUUAGCCACAGAUUGCGUCCAGUUGAUCAUGUUCGGUAUCGCUUUACGCUCUGCUGCCUAUCUCUUGCUACGUACAAAUCUUCAUGGGAUUCGGAAAAAAUUCCUUGCCUUCCCUGCUGCAUCCCGCUUUUGCUGAAAAUACAGAUACACUUAAUGCUUAACCAAAAAAACAAUCUAUUUUGUAUCGUACAUUUUGCGACAAAUACAGUAACUGAAAAACGGUACUGAUAAUUAUCAGAUUUGAUGGUCUUCUCUUUGAACAAUAUUUUCUUUAAAACAGAAUCUGAUGUUUUGAUCUUGUUAAGCGUUAAGGCAGUAUGGAUUAUAUAUGGAAGAGAAAGAGAAGCCACAUGGAUGAUGUAUUAGUGACCGUUCAUUUCUGCCAGUCUGGACCGUUUGCAAACAUGUCAGGGCGUAGUAAAGACGUGGCUUACGUGUACAACGAUUAAUUUUCUACCACGUUAUUUGGUUUAAUUAGUCGAAAUCGGGUUCACAUCGAGCACGGAAAUGUACGGGUGAGAUAGCUGUUUUUUUUGUGGUUCUUAUUAACAAAACGGCUUUGGUGUGCUCAUUAAUAAAACAUUAUUAAUAAAGCGGUAAG